AAGAAAGGAAGGGAUGAUGUCAUGAGACUUUACACUGAGAUGAGAAGCUAUGUAGCACCAUCAACUGAUUUACGGAGAAAAAUUGAUGCAUGUGAAUCAGUAACUCGUGACAUCGUGAAAGUAAUCUUUGAAAGAUUAACUGGCAUUGAUGGAGAUUUUGAUGCAGAACGUGAAAGAGGUCAUCUACGUGAGCUUUUAGAUCGUGAAUAUGCACUCUCCAUAUACGGUUCCACUGCUGCAAACUCAAGUAUCUCCCACCGCUCCUCAUCAUCAUACCUUGCAUCAAAACGGGUUGAUGCAGCUGCAGAAUUAGCGGCAAGAGAAGCUGAAUAUAAGAUAGCCCAAGAAGAAAGAAGGCAAAAGGAAAGAAUAAAGGCUCUAGAGGAGCAACAUAAGAAAGAAAUAGAAAUACAGAAAACUGAGCUAGAACGUCUGCAAGCUGAAAGGGAUGUAAAUGCAGCCCGAGCCAAGCUGGAAGCCUAUGACAGAGAGAUAAAACAAAUGGAUGAUGCUCAGCCAAUCAAGAGAGAACAGGUGAACCCAAAUUACACACCACAACCCCCUGCAUCACCCCUUUCUAACUCCAUGUUGUCAGAGCCCCCCAGUGUCACUCAGCUUGCAAGGGCCGUGCAGGAAAGUAUAAUGAUGAAUAGACUUCCUACCCCAGAGCCAGUAGUAUUCAACGGUGAACCAAUUCACUUUAUUGAAUGGAAAUCCACCUUCAUGUCACUAAUUGACCAAAAGGGCAUCUCUGCUGCAGAUAAACUGUACUACUUAAAAAGGUAUGUGAGUGGUCCGGCUCGUAAAUGCCUUGAGGGAACUUUCUAUAGAAGUGAUGAAGAAGCCUACCAAGAUGCUUGGCAAAGGCUCAACCAACGAUAUGGUCAGACAUUUGUUAUCCAGAAAGCAUAUAGAGAGAAACUGUCCAGCUGGCCAAAAAUCUACUCAAAUGAUGCUGAAGGAUUGAGAAACUUUGCAGACUUUGUAAAUGCAUGCAUGUGUGCCAUGCCUCAUGUAAAAGGAUUGGAAAUCCUAAACGACUGCGAUGAAAAUCAAAAAUUGUUACAAAAACUACCCGAAUGGACAGCAGCCAGGUGGAAUCGCCAGGUUACAAAGACACUAAUGGAGGGUAAAGACUUUCCCAGCUUCAGUGAUUUCGCUACAUUCCUGUCCCUAGAGGCAGAAGUUGCCUGUAACCCAGUAACUUCCAUCCAUGCGAUUCGCUCUCUUGAAUCUACCAACGAUAAAAGAAAUCUAAAGGACAUAAAAAGGAAUAAGGCAAGUGCAUUUAACAUGAAGACUACUGUGCAAACUGACAAACAACCAGCAACCAAAAUGUACUUGGGACCUCCAUGCAUAUUCUGUGAAGGCACACAUCAGCUUCACAAAUGUCCAAACUUCAUGAAAAUGUCCCUGGAGGAUAGAAGAACAUAUGUUAAACACAAUAAAUUGUGUUAUGGCUGUUUGAAACAAGGUCAUAGCGCAAAGGACUGUAGACACCGCCUCACCUGUGACAUUUGCACUAAAAGACACCCAACCUAUCUUCACGAUGAGAACUACAGUAAAGAUCUGAAAAGACAAAGGCAUGUGAACAUGGAAGAUGCAACACAAUAUCAAACAUUAGCGACAACAUCCGCCAUGUCACUUCAUGUUGCCAGAGAAAGACAGUCUGUCAGUACCUCAAUGAUAGUUCCAGUGUGGGUGUCAUCUGCUGCAAAUCCAUGCCAAGAAAAACUUGUAUAUGCAUUGUUAGACACGCAGAGUGAUACUGCUUUUAUUGACCAGGAUGUUAGUCGUGAACUACAAGCCGAGGUGUCUCCAGUGAAACUAAAACUAACCACUAUGAUGGGAAAGAACACGGUUGUGAAUAGUGGAAAGGUGUCUGAUCUCCUCGUAAGAGGCUACAGUUACACAAAGGAUUACAUACCGGCCAAUCGUGAAAACAUACCAACUUGUGAGACAGCCAAACGCUGGAGUCACUUUUCACAAAUCAUAGAUGAAAUCCCUCCUCUCCUCAACUGUGAAGUGAGUCUCCUCAUAGGUUACAACUGA